CCAGAGGAGAUGUGGCUUUACCGGAAUCCAUAUGUGGAAGCGGAGUAUUUCCCUACCAAGCUGAUGUUUGUCGAGAUUUAGAGAGCAAGAUGUAAGUCUUUUGGAUGCAAAUGGAUUCUCUGUGAAGGUAACUGGUCCUUUAGAAUAGUGGGUGUUAUUUACUGGUGGAACUGCCAGCUCCCAGCUACCCCACCCCCCAGAAACAAAGGACCCUAAAAGACCUCUGCUUACAUAUAGGAAUUAUUUCUGCUCUGGAAGUUCUGCUGUAAUGUCCAUCCCUCUACCUGUAGGAGUGACUUUAACAACUAAUGUGGGGUUUUGCUGUUUUGCUUUUGACACAUUCUGAUUCAGGUCAUUGCAUUCCUCUCUCCACUGUCUGUGAUCCUCCUGGCCAAAUUUUUCAAGAAGGCAGAUACAGCAGACAGCAAACAAGCCUGCCUGGGCCACGCCCAGAUUUCUUUUACCGCUGCUUCCCAGAUGGACUAGCCCAUUCUGACUUGAUGUGUACAGGGGAUAAAGAUGUGGUGAAUGAGGGUCGCAAAAGCUUCCCUAGUGGACAUUCUUCCUUUGCAUUUGCUGGUCUGGCCUUUGCUUCCUUCUACCUGGCAGGAAAGUUACACUGCUUCACACCACAAGGCCGUGGGAAAUCUUGGAGGUUCUGUGCCUUUCUGUCACCUCUACUUUUUGCAGCUGUAAUUGCACUGUCCCGCACCUGUGACUACAAACAUCACUGGCAAGAUGUACUAGUUGGAUCCAUGAUUGGAAUGACAUUUGCCUAUGCCUGCUACAGACAGUAUUAUCCUCCUCUGACUGACGAAGAAUGCCAUAAACCAUUUCCUGACAGACAUGCACUUUCUGCUCUUCAGAAGAAGCCUGGUGAUUCUUACUGUUUGGAUAUUUAAGUCAAAUCUAAAUUCAGUGGAGAAUAGGCAAAUCAACCUUAGAACCAAGCACAUAACAAGAAUUCUGGCCUUUUUAUCUCUUCCAAGGUACAAGUGAUGGCAUAAACCACACUGUAUUCAGCCUCCAUGUGAUUAUGAACUUUUGCCCUACUUGACAUGAUCUACCAUGAGGAAUCAAAGUUCUUUUCCACCACUGUAUGCCACCCAUUCAAUAAAGGGAUCUUUCAAUAGUU